ACGCUAUAAUGAAAGGAAAAGAAUAGUAAGUAAAAAGGAAAGAAAGGAAGUGAUCGGUAGGAAGUGUAGAGAAGAGAGCUACCUCUCUCUCUCACUGUCAGAAAUGGGGUGCAGCAACCCCAAAUUAUGGCUCCAAAUUCUUUUCCUCUUUCCCACGCUUUCCCUCUCCGAUCAAUUCUUCGACUACGGCGACGCCCUCGCCAAGAGUCUCCUCUACUUCGAGGCGCAACGCUCCGGCCGCCUCCCUUACAACCAGAGAGUGACGUGGCGCCACCACUCCGGCCUCACCGACGGCCUCGAGCAAGGGGUGGACUUGGUCGGAGGCUACUACGACGCCGGCGACAAUGUGAAAUUCGGGCUGCCGAUGGCCUUCACCGUCACAAUGCUGUCGUGGGGAGUCAUCCAAUUCCGGGAGGAGAUUGCCGCCGCCGGCGAGCUCGGCCACGCCCUUGAAGCCAUCAAAUGGGGAACUGAUUACUUCAUUAAAGCUCACACUCAUCCGCAUGUUUUGUGGGCACAGGUGGGUGACGGCGACACCGACCACCUCUGCUGGCAGCGGCCGGAGGACAUGACGACUUCCCGCCGCGCCUACAGGUUGGAUGAGGACAACCCCGGCUCCGAGGUGGUGGCGGAGACGGCGGCGGCCAUGGCGGCGGCUUCAAUAGUGUUUAGGAGAACAAAUCCACACUACUCCCACCUUCUGCUGGAACAUGCACAGCAGUUGUUUGAGUUUGGGGACAAGUAUAGAGGUAAAUACGACAAGAGCAUCGGAGGGGCGAAGGGGUAUUAUACGUCGGUGAGCGGAUAUAUGGAUGAGUUGUUGUGGGCAGCUAUGUGGUUAUACAAAGCCACCGACAAUCUACGCUUCUUCAAUUAUACCAUUCAUAAUGCCAUUUCCUUUGGUGGGAUCACUUGGCCCAUCACUGAAUUCAGCUGGGAUGUUAAGUAUGCUGGUCUCCAACUCAUCGCCUCUAUGUUGAGAAGGGAGGGGAAAAGCGAAGAAGAGAGGCAGAUCCUGGAAGAAUACAGCUCGAAAGCAUCACACUACAUAUGCGCGUGUCUGAAGAUGAACAACUCCACCAACGUAGAGCGCACCCCAGGCGGGCUCCUCUACACCCGCCAAUGGAACAACAUGCAGUACGUCUCCACCGCAGUCUUCCUACUGACGGUCUACUCGGACCACCUCCGCUCCACCAACCAGACUCUGAGCUGCCCCGCAAAUCCCGCAGUGGGGCCCCACGAGAUCCUCUCGUUGGUCAAAUCGCAGGUGGCCUACAUCCUCGGCUCCAACCCCAUGGGGCUCAGCUACCUGGUUGGCUACGGCCACCACUACCCCAAGAGGGUGCACCACAGAUGUGCAUCAAUGGCUUCCUACAGGGACACCAAGACCUUCGUCGGCUGCACCCAGGGCUACGAUCACUGGUACGGCCGCCCGGACCCCAACCCCAACGUUCUCGUUGGCGCCCUCGUCGGUGGGCCCGACAGCAAGGACGACUUCGAUGAUAGAAGAGGAAACUUCGUGCAAACUGAGGCUUGCACUUACAACACGGCUCCUCUCGUUGCCGUCUUCGCCAAACUGCAUACAACCACAUUGCUUUCUUCGGUGUAGUACCAAAGUCUGUAUAGGAAUUUUGGAGGGUUUUUCUUUUUCAUAUAGUCAAAGCCAUGAGGCAAAUUGUAUCUCCAUACGAAAAAUAUUCUCUCUAUUAAAUUACCCAACUCAAGAUAUAGUGAUUUUUUUU